GUAUAAAUAAAGUGUGUUUACAUACUCUAAUAUAAAAGAUCACACAGGAAAUCCGCUGAGAUGGUCAAAGAAUAGAAAGUUCAAUUGAUAUAACAAUCAUAGGUAUAGAACGAUGUCAACGCCUGUCUUUUGUGGCCCAUGUUGUUAUGACAAUAAAACAGUGCAAGCUAAUAGAUGGUGUGUUGAAUGCGAUGAAGGAUUUUGUCCAGAUUGCGAAAAGGUUCAUAAGGCGACAAAAAUUUCCCGGGGUCAUCAUCUCAUUUCAAUAGAUAAUUACCGUAAUAUACAAAAUGUAACAGUUGAGCAAACCUGUAAUCAGCACAGCAAACAAUUUGGUUGGUUUUGCAAAAGUCACGAUGAAGCACUCUGCAAAGCUUGUGUGUCUUCUGAUCACAAGAUAUGCCCAGAUGUUGUGCCUCUGGAGGAUGUAGCAAUAAAUGCAAAACACUCAACGGUAAUUCAGGACCUUGAAGAUACCAUUAAUAGAUCAUUACAAAAUGUAAAAGAUUUUAUUCGUGACCGAAAUACAGUAUAUGAAUCAAUCCAGAUCCAAAGACGCCAUAUUGAGAAAACCAUUAAAGACACCAGAGAGAAAGUCGUCCGUUACUUUGACGAGUUGCAAGAAAGGUUAUUACAAGAACUGUCAUCAAUAUCUGACGAAUGUUUAUCUGAAAGCAGCAUAAAUUUAAAUAAUUUUGAAGAUGCACAGAAAAACUUGAUAAAUCUGAAAGAACAAACAUUAAAGCUGAAAGAUUUCGCUUCUGAUCUUCACGUAUUUCUCGGCACGCGACAAGUAUACAAAGACGUCGAUAAAGAGAUCAAGUCUAUCAAUUUAGCAACAACCCAUUCUAGGAGUUAUAAUAUUGAACUUGACUUUCAUCCGAUUAUUGAUAAUCUUUUCGAACAAAUUCAUAAAGUUGGUGCAAUCAAGCUUGAAAAACGUGAUUCUUGUUUACUGUUAUAUGAUGCUAAAAUAGGUCAAGCACAGAUACAGAAAAGCCAGAUAAAAGAGAAGUGUAUUCAAAAUGUAGUUCUUCAAUUAAACAAAAACAUAACUCUUCAAAAAAAAGAUGAUUGCAUACAUGUUAAUGGAUGCAUAAUUUUACCAAAUGGACAUCUAUUUAUAGCAAACUUCCAUACUAAAAUUAAUCAUAUACAAGAAUACAAUGCAUUCGGUAUACAUACCCGUAACAUCCCUACAUCUUAUCCAUCUUUUGAUAUAGCUUUGUUUGGAUCGGAUGGCGUGGCUGUGUCUUGCGGAAGUAGGAAACGUAUCGAUCUCAUAAAAAAUGGUUGUGUUGAGAAGACUUUAGCGCUAGGAUUCGAAUUAUAUGGCAUGGCGUACAAUGAUGGAAAGCUAUAUGUUGCGAGAGGCACGGAGGGAAUUGUGGUAAUUGAUCCUUCGGGAAAAAGAACAGGAGAAGUGAUAUGCAAGGGAAUCGGAUUAAGAAAUAUAACAACUUCAGGUACAAAGAUAUACUACACAAAUUCAUCACUGCAUACUAUACACUGUUGCAGCAUGAACGGCACCGAAAUAUGGACAUUUAAUGAUGAUUCCAUACGCUAUCCGACAGCUUUAUCCCUUGACAACAAUCAAAACAUAUUUGUUGUUGGGCGUGAUUCGAACAAUCUAGUGCUUAUUCAACAUGACGGAAAGGCAAGCAAGAUUCUUCUUGAUAAAGAUGACGGUCUCUCCGAACCAAAUGCUGUAUACUAUAGCACGGAAAAGAACUCUCUUCUAGUUUGUGAUGAAACUAGUGGCAAUGCUGCUUUGUACAACGUAUUGUAGUUAAGAAAAAGAACAAAAAUUAAUUUCUAAAACUAGCUUUUUUAAUGUGUGCCCUAUUUCAAUAACUGUAUACGCCAUUAACUUUUAUGUUGUUGCAUUUUUUGUCUUGCAGUUUUGCAAUGGAACAGGUGUAUUCGAAAUAGAAUGCUAUCCAUAUCUAUCUCCUUGGUUCUUGGUCAUUGACUCCGGCCGUCAACCGUUGAAUUGAUGACGGACGUCAUCCAAUCAAAAUUUGCAUUACAUACCUUAUUGCAUAAAAGUUAUCUAUUAC